GGGAGGGGAGUCUGAUGCCUCCCGGAGGCUCCUGGGAGUCUCUGGACUCCUUAAAGGGCUCCCCCCUGGGGGCCCACCUGUCCUCCUUAGGGCCCUGAGGGACAAAGCUGUGGUCAGAGGAGCGAGAAGAGGUCUGCCGACAUGCCUGAGGCGAAACCAGCGGCCAAAACGGCCCCCAAAGGCAAAGAUGAGGCCAAACAAGCUCCGAAGGAAGCGGCCCCUCAGGAGGCGCCUGCAGAGCCCCCCAAAGAAGCCCCACCUGAGGACCAGUCUCCCACUGCUGAGGAGCCCACUGGCCUUUUCCUGAAGAAGCCGGACUCUGUGUCGGUGGAGAAUGGAAAAGACACAGUGAUCGUGGCCAAGGUGAAUGGGAAGGAGCUCCCAGGGAAACCAGCCAUCAAGUGGUUCAAGGGAAAGUGGCUGGAACUGGGCAGCAAGAGCGGGGCCCGAUUCUCUUUCAAGGAGUCCCACGACUCUGCCAGCAAUGUAUACACCGUGGAGCUGCACAUUGGGAAGGUGGUACUGGGCGACCGCGGGAAUUACCGCCUUGAGGUCAAAGCCAAGGAUGUCUGCGACAGCUGUGCCUUCAACAUCGAUGUGGAGGUACCCCGUCAGGAUACCUUUGGGCAAAGUCUAGAAAGCUUCAAGCGUUCGGGUGAAGGGAAGUCAGAAGAUGGGGGUGAGCUGGAUUUCAGCAGCCUGUUGAAGAAGAGGGAGGUGGUUGAGGAGGAGAAGAAAAAGAAGAAAGAUGAUGAUGACCUAGGCAUCCCACCUGAGAUUUGGGAGCUCCUGAAAGGGGCAAAGAAGAGUGAGUACGAGAAGAUCGCCUUCCAGUAUGGCAUCACGGACCUCCGGGGCAUGCUGAAGCGGCUCAAGAAGGCCAAGGUCGAGGUCAAGAAGAGUGCAGCCUUCACGAAGAAGCUGGAUCCAGCGUACCAAGUGGACAAGGGCAACAAGAUCAAGUUGGUGGUGGAGAUCAGUGACCCAGACCUUCCCCUUAAGUGGUUCAAGAAUGGCCAGGAGAUCAAACCAAGUAGCAAGUACGUGUUUGAGAACGUUGGUAAGAAGCGAAUUCUCACCAUCAACAAGUGCACGUUGGCAGACGAUGCUGCUUAUGAGGUCGCUGUCAAAGAUGAGAAGUGUUUCACUGAGCUCUUCGUCAGAGAGCCUCCAGUCCUGAUUGUCACACCACUCGAGGACCAGCAGGUGUUUGUGGGCGACCGGGUGGAAAUGUCAGUGGAGGUGUCAGAAGAUGGCGCCCAGGUCAUGUGGAUGAAAGACGGCGUGGAAUUGACACGGGAGGAUUCCUUCAAGGCUCAAUACCGCUUCAAGAAGGAUGGGAAGCGUCACAUUCUCAUCUACUCGGAAGUGACCCUGGAGGAUAGGGGUCGCUACCAGGUCAUGACCAAUGGCGGCCAGUGUGAGGCCGAGCUCAUUGUGGAAGAGAAACAGCUGGAGGUCCUACAGGACAUCGCAGAUCUGACGGUGAAGGCCUCAGAACAGGCCGUGUUUAAGUGCGAGGUGUCUGAUGAGAAGGUGACAGGCAAGUGGUACAAGAAUGGGAUCGAGGUGCGACCCAGCAAGAGGAUCACCAUCUCCCAUGUGGGGAGAGUCCACAAGCUGGUGAUCGAUGAUGUCCACCCUGAGGAUGAGGGGGACUACACAUUCGUGCCCGAUGGCUAUGCCCUGUCCCUCUCGGCCAAGCUCAACUUCCUGGAAAUCAAGGUGGAGUAUGUACCCAAGCAAGAGCCACCAAAGAUCCACCUGGACUGCUCAGGAAAGACCUCAGAGAAUUCGAUUGUGGUUGUGGCCGGAAACAAGCUGAGGCUCGACGUGUCCAUCACUGGAGAGCCUCGUCCUGUCGCCACCUGGCUGAAGGAGGAUGAGGUGUUCACGGCCCCCGAGGGCAGGAUCCACAUCGAGACUCAGGCAGACUCCAGCAGCUUCGUGAUCGAGAGUGCCGAUCGGGCGGACGAGGGCCGCUACACCAUCAAGGUCACCAACCCCGUGGGCGAGGAUGUGGCCUCCAUCUUCUUGCGGGUUGUGGAUGUCCCGGACCCCCCAGAGGCUGUGCGUAUCACCUCAGUUGGCGAGGAUUGGGCCAUCCUUGUCUGGGAGCCACCCAAGUAUGACGGGGGGCAGCCAAUCACUGGGUACCUCCUGGAGCGGAAGAAGAAGGGCUCUCAGCGCUGGAUGAAGCUGAACUUUGAGGUCUUUACCGAGACGACCUACGAGUCCACCAAGAUGAUCGAGGGCAUUCUCUACGAGAUGCGGGUCUUUGCCGUCAACGCCAUUGGGGUUUCCCAGCCCAGCAUGAACACCAAGCCCUUCAUGCCCAUUGCGCCCACGAGCGAGCCCCAGCACCUGAUGGUGGAAGACGUGACAGACACCACCACCACCCUCAAGUGGAGGCCCCCGGAUAGGAUUGGGGCCGGCGGCAUCGAUGGGUACCUGGUGGAGUACUGCCUGGAGGGCUCUGAGGACUGGGUCCCCGCUAACACGGAGCCCGUGGAGCGCUGCGGCUUCACGGUCAAGAAUCUCCCCACAGGAGCGAAAAUCCUGUUCCGGGUGGUGGCGAUCAACAUCGCGGGGCGCAGCCAGCCGGCCACCCUGUUUCAGCCGGUCACCAUCCGGGAGAUUGCAGAGCCACCCAAGAUCCGGCUGCCCCGCCAUCUCCGCCAGACUUACAUCCGCAAAGUGGGGGAGCCGCUCAACCUCGUCAUCCCUUUCCAGGGAAAGCCGCGGCCGCAGGUGGUGUGGACCAAGGGCGGGGCGCCCGUGGACACCUCCCGCGUGCACGUGCACACCAGCGACUUCGACACCGUGUUCUUCGUGCGCCAGGCGGCGCGCUCGGACUCGGGGGAGUACGAGCUGAGCGUGCAGAUCGAGAACAUGAAGGACACGGCCACCAUCCACAUCCGGGUCGUGGAAAAGGCAGGGCCCCCGGAGAACGUGAUGGUGAAGGAGGUGUGGGGCACCAACGCGCUGGUGGAGUGGCAGCCGCCCAGAGACAAUGGGAACAGUGAGAUCACGGGCUAUUUUGUGCAGAAGGCCGACAAGAAAACCAUGGAGUGGUUCACCGUCUACGAGCGCAACCGGCACACCUCCUGUACCGUGUCUGACCUCAUCGUGGGCAACGAGUAUUACUUCCGCGUCUAUAGCGAGAAUAUCUGUGGGCUCAGUGACUCGCCUGGUGUCUCCAAGAACACGGCCCGGAUCCUCAAGACGGGUCUCACCUUCAGACCGUUUGAGUACAAGGAGCAUGACUUCCGAACACCUCCCAAGUUCCUGACACCUCUACCAGACCGCGUGGUCGUGGCUGGUUACUCUGCGGCUCUCAACUGUGCGGUCAGAGGUCACCCAAAGCCGAAGGUGGUCUGGAUGAAGAACAAGAUGGAAAUCCGCGAAGACCCCAAGUUCCUGAUGACCAACCACCAGGGAGUCCUGACGCUGAACAUCCGCCGCCCGUCCCCCUUCGACGCGGGGACUUACUCCUGUAGGGCUGUCAACGAGCUGGGGGAGGCCCUGGCCGAGUGCAAGCUGGAAGUCCGAGUGCCACAGUGAGACCCUCUCUUUCACCUGUCAAGAUUAUUGGCUGCUGAGUCCUAAUGGACCUCCCUAAUCGGAGGAAACGGAAUGCCGUUUCCCUUCCCAGAAUUACCACUGAGAAGAUAAUAGUCUUGUCUACAACCUGCACGUGUCUGUCCUUCUUG